AGGUACGGUACGGUACCGUACAGGUCAACCAACUGCUAUUUCGAACCACAAAAUAGUAGACAGUUAUGCUGAUGCAAUCAAGGGUACCGGUAGCCUACCGUAUGUCCAUACGAAAGAAAUUAAGACUUCACAGUAACACUUAAAUAUUUAUGAAUGUGAGCUCAGUAGCCUGUGGUUGCAGUAGUCGCUGUAUAAUUAAACUAUUGCUUCUACUUCAUUUGAACAAUGAAUACACCAAUACCACCACCGAAAGAAAAAACACCACGCAAAGCAAAAAUCAUCUACAAAAUCACCAAAAGAAAUAAGACAACAGGCUGAGGCUCAAUCUGAAGAAUAUAUAUCCAAGACCGAUUCGCCACAAUAAAAUGAAAUUGUGAGUGGAAUAUUGCCUGUUAUAUCAAGGAACAUCAUAAAUGCAAGAACUUUACAACUGCCAGCAAUGAUAGGUCAAUGUCUGGAGGAAAACCUGGAACACUCAGGCAACUCCGACAUCCUCACCCCCAUAACACCUAACAUUCAGGAUAUUCUUAAUGAUCUGGGCCAAUCCAUGAGGGAAAUUAGAACCGAACUAUCAGAAAUUAAAGAAAGUCAGACAUUCCACACCAAAAUGUAUGAUGAUCUGGCAGAAAGAAAUAAAACUUUAGAAAAACAAACAAUUGAAAACAAAAAAACAAUUGAAAAUCUCUUGGAAAGAAUAUAUGAUCUUGAAGACGAUUUGUUCUAUGUCUCAGAAAAAGUGGAAGAUCAGGAGAGAAGGGGACGUCUGGAGAAUCUUGAGUUUCAUGGGAUUCCUGUAAAACAAAAUGAGGACACAGAUGAAAUUGUUUGUAACAUUGCGAAGAUGAUAGGUGUCGACAUCAAAGCCACUGAUAUUUCUGUGUCUCAUAGGAUGCCAACAACGGGGGAAGAAACAAGAUCUCCAGCUAUAAUCGCCAAAUUUGUACACCGGAAAAACAAAAUCAAAAUCUUUGAAAAACGAAAAUUUCUACGCUCAAUGACACCGAAUACCAUUUUCAGUAAUCCAUCAAAAAUUUUCAUUGCUGAAAAUCUGACAGCCCUCAAUAAGGACUUGUAUUUUAGAGCACGAGCUGCAAAAAACAACUGCGGCUAUAAGUUUAUUUGGACAUCAAAUGGGAGAGUAUUUGUGAAGAAAAAUGCUGAGAUCAAAAACUCUUUGAACAUUCGUUACGAAGAUGACCUUUCUAAAAUUCAAUAACUUAUAUAAAUAAUUCGGACAACUAUUGAUGCUCAUGCGCCUUUGAAAGCAGUAAGUCGGAGCGAAGCCAGAUUUCUAGCCAAACCUUGGCUCACCAAAGGGAUUCAUGUUUCUAUUAGAAAGAAGCAUAAAAUGUACAAAACCCACUUCAAAAAAGGUAACGAUAUUCAACAUAGAUCAUACAAAACUUACAGUAAAUUAUUAAAAACCCUAAUAACUAAAGCAAAAAAAUUAUAUUACUUCGAUAAAUUUAAACAAACUUGUGGUGAUAUUAAAUCUACUUGGAAGUUGAUAGGACACUUGGCCAAUAUCAAAAAAGAAAGAAAACUUGCAAUCAAAGAGCUAAAAACUGAAAAUGGGUCGAUGGUAUGUGAUCCAGUCUGCAUUGCCAACUAUCUCAACAAUCAUUUUACCUCUAUAGGGCCACAACUGUCUGAAAGUAUACCUCAGUCUAAUGAGUCUUUUUCGACUAAUCUCAAAAAUCCAGUGAAAGAAUCCUUAUUUCUUAGACCAGCAACAUUCAAUGAAAUCUUUAGCACUAUAGCAAUGCUACCGGAUGGUAAAGCGGUUGGGUAUGACAAUAUACCAGCUAAAUUUUUAAAAAAUGCUGCUGAUAUAGUGUCCCCUAUGCUUUGCAAGUUAUUUAAUGCCUGCAUAGACUGCACCAUUUUCCCGAAUUGCUUGAAAAUUGCCAAAGUUACUCCUGUAUUCAAAAGUGGGCAAAAAGAAUGUGCAUCCAACUAUCGACCUAUUUCAGUUCUUUCGGCCAUAACAAUAGUAUUUGAAAAACUUCUACACACCAGACUUAUACAAUUUAUAGAUAACCAUAGCAUUAUAAACAAAUCCCAAUUCGGUUUCCAAAAAAAGCACUCUACUAAUCAUGCGAUUCUUGACAUGGUUUCUUACUUUUAUGACGAAUUAGAUAAAAAAGAGCAUAUUAGUGCCAUAUUCCUCGACCUAAAAAAGGCAUUCGACACCGUUGAUCAUAACAUAUUAGUUAAAAAGAUGUGCCACUAUGGUAUUCGCGGACAUGCAUCAAAAUUAUUCCAGAACUACUUGAGCUCACGUCAACAAUAUGUCAAAA